AUGGCCAAGGGCCGCGGCAGAAGCAGAGGUCGCGGUCAGAACAAAGGCAAAGGCGACAAGGGUAAAGGCAAAGGCAACAAAGGCAACAAAGGCAACAAAGGCAAAGGCAAGGGUGGAAAGGGAGGAAAGAAGAAGGAUCAAGCUCAGAAGAGCGCCAAGAAGCGAGAUCAAGAAUUGAAGCGUGCAGCUGAGCAUGCUGGAGAGACCUCCCGCCGACAGCGGCAGCGCCUGAGCGAUGGCUUCAUCCCGCGGGAUGAGCAAUCGGUUUACGUCCGCAACCUGCCCGAGACCUUGCAGUCGAAGCAUGAGUUGAAGGAGUCGCUGCGGAAGUUUGGCGAAGUGACUCACGUCCACCUCGAGCGUCACUUGAAAUUUGGCUUUGCUCGUUUCGGGACGAAAGAAGGUGCAGACGCUGCAAUCCAUGCCGGGAAAGUUCUGGUCUUGGACAAAGAGAUUGAGAUAUGCUCUGCCCAGAAGGAGCAACGAUUUCCGGAGAAAGACCCCUUGACCGAAGAUGAGAACAACGAUACCGAGGCAGAGGCCGAGGACGACGCUGCAAGUCAUGCGGCAAGCGAUGCCGCGGAAGACGUGGCGGCAGACCGAGACUUGGAAUCGGGUUCGGAGGCUUCAAUGGCCGCGGAAGAGUCCUGGGCGCGCCAGGACAUGUCAGAACCCGAAACAGAGGAAGCUGAGCUCGCUGAAAGAAACCGGGUACUGGGCAUACUCGAGGCCAUUCGCUUUUCCACCGCAGAAGUGCUACGCAAAGCCAACAGCAAGCUGGCGCUUUCCGAGCUGGAAUCUUGCUCAGACAUCACCCAGCUCAAAGAGGAGCUGCCGGGCAAGAGCGCCCUCGUGCAAAUCCUUCGGUCGCUUGGGAGCAGUUUCAAAGUUAAAGACAGGGGCGACGGCGUCUUCAUGGUGUCCCUGACGAAGGUCGACAAGGCACCACUCCGGGCCAAGGUGGCAGACGCCUUCCUUGCUUCGGAUGGCCGGGGGGCACCCACCUCCAAGUCUCGCCGCGAUGCCCGCAAGCCUGCGAAGGGCAAGGGCCACAAGAAGGAUGGGAAGGGCGGCAAGAAAGGGAAAGCGAAGGGCAAACAUGGAAAAGGAGAAGGAAAGAAGCCGAAAAAAAAGCCGAUUGUCGUGAACUCCAAGAGGAAGCGAGAGGAAUCCCCAGAGUCCGAGGCCCAUGAGGUGCGCGGCACCGAAGCGAAGGCCACCGCCACGGCCAUCUGUGGCUCCGCACCUGCGCUGAAGAGCUGGACGGAUGCGAAGUACAGCAGCCGGUCCGAACGGUUGGAUGAGCUUAGAAUGGCGUUGAGGAAGUUCGGGCUUGGAAAUCAGGGGCACACUAGCAGGCACCAGUACGCUCGUGACAUCGGCCAUGAGGCUCCAGAGUUUGGGCCUUUAUGGGUGGAUCUGGUGUUUUUGAGAGCCUUGGACUGGGCUCUGCAGGAGCUGCCUGAUGCCCACCUCCUAAAGCGCUUUGACGUGGCCCGGUUCACAGCAGGGUCCGGCUGCUCGGCAAAGGCGCCUAUGGCAUCGCUGGGUGCUCAGGAAGACCAGGUUUGGAAAGUGAAAGAGAAAGAGACCGGCAGGAUCUUUGCACUGAAGAAAUGCUUCGAUGCCUUUCAGAAUUCCACCGAUGCUCAGCGCACAUUCCGCGAGAUCAUCUUCCUCCAGGCGGAGUUGAACGGUCACGAGAACAUUGUCCGGCUGAUGCACGUGCUGAAGGCAGAAAGCAGCCAGGACCUGUACGUGAUGUUCGAUUUCAUGGAGUCGGAUCUCCAGCGAGCCAUCGCAGCCAACCUGUUGCAGCCCAUCCAUGUGGAGUAUGUAACCUAUCAGAUCCUGAAGGCUUUGAAGUACGUCCACUCCGGAGGAGUCUUGCACCGAGAUCUCAAGCCAGCCAAUGUGCUGCUCAACUCGAACUGCCACGUGCGUCUUUGCGACUUUGGCUUGCUUCUGAGUGGAAGUCCUCUUGUGAUUGCAGCGUUUGCAUGGCAUGGGGCAGUGAAGCCGGUUUUAUGCUUCAAUGGACAACUGGUCUACCAUGGACCAGCUCGAGAAGGUGCUCGCAAGGGCCGUGCCGCCUUUUCGAAGAUCCUGGGCGCGGACUGGGAAGCCAAGCGAGCAGGACUUGCGCAGAGGGCUCAGUUGCAGAAAAUGCCCAUGCCCCCGUCUGUGCAGUCUCUGCGACCCGACAUUCAGGGCUCGUACGAUGGCCGGCCUCUCAGGCUAUGCCUGUUGGAGAAUCUUGGAAAUGUGCGCCAGAUGCCAUCUUCCGGUGUGCUGUUCCUCCUGAAGCUCCCGGCACAGGCCAAGACCCUGACCUUGAACCUGCUCAAGUUCAACCCAGAGCGAAGGCCUUCAGCGGAGACUGCUCUCCAAGAUGUCUUCCUGGAAAAGUUUUACUUGCAGGAGGCCGAGCCUCUAUGUGACAAGAUGAUUCGGAUGCCAAUCAGCGAUAUCACAAAGCUUAAGGCCUCCAACGUUUGUGCUCAUGCCAGCUCGUUCAAGUUGGGUUGUGCUUACCGCAUGCACUCGCAUGUACUGCCUUGCCCAGUGUUGCAAGCUUUGUGGCGUGACCGUUUCUGGUCUUGA